AUGUCAAUAUUCACCUCUACAGACGGGACAUCAAACAAAUAUGGUGAUAAAAACACCAAUAUCGUCGAACUAUAUAGCCAGAUCAUCAAGAAUGACACACAGUUAACGUACUACAACAGUGGUGUGGGCACGUUUUCUAGGCCCUACGGUCUCGCACACAAACACAUGGCGGAGCACUUCUCGAGUAUCUUGGACCUGGCCAUUGCUCAUAAGAUCAGCAAAAAUAUUAUACACGCCUAUAAAUGGCUCUCAGACAGAUACAAGGACGGCGAUAAGAUCUUCCUGUUUGGGUUUUCAAGAGGUGCAUACCAAGUUCGUGCUUUGGCAGGAAUGAUCCACGAAGUAGGGCUCAUAUUACCCGGCAACCAUGAACAGAUCCCCUAUGCCUUCCAACUUUAUUCCGACAUCAAUAAUAGGGGUAGAAAACUGGCGGAGGGAUUCAAAGCGACAUUCUCGAGAAAAAGGGUAGUAAUACAUUUCAUCGGCGUAUGGGAUACCGUUUCGUCCGUUGGUAUAAGGAAGGCCAAAAACUUGCCAUCCACCGAUACAUGCAGCCACGUUUGCUACUUUCGCCAUGCACUCGCGUUAGAUGAGCGCCGGGUGAAAUUCCUACCCGAGUAUGUCCACGGCAGCAUGAGCGAUCGAUGCAACGAGACCGCGGAUAUUAAGGAGGUUUGGUUUGCUGGUAGCCAUUCAGAUGGCCAUCCCCUCGACUUUCGAGACACGCCUCUACUAUGGAUGCGUGAAGAAGUUCUCGAGGCGGGGCUUCGGCUCGAUGUUCCCAAGGUUGCUUUCAGACAUAGUGACUUUACGGAACCUAAGUUAACAAACUCUCUAACCUUCCCGUGGUGGCUGCUUGAGGUUUGUCCGAUCAGACAUCUUCGCUAUGGUAGCUGUGAUAAGCAUUCAGAACGGUAA